AAUACCUCCUCGGCAUGCCAGGCACGCCGAGCCCGAGUCGCCACGAGCCCGAGAAGCGGCCCACUAGCGCCAUGGCGCUGCCAGCGCGGAAGCGCCUCCGGUAUGAUUCGUUCGACCUCGAGCGCCAGCCAUGCGCGCUGCGGUUGGUGCUAAGCCCCGACUGCGCGCUCUCUGCCGAGCAGGUCCACGAAAUGUACUCGCUCGGGCUUGGCAUCAUUGACGUCUCGCGCGACUACAACAACUUUGCCGCGCUCUUGCGCGCCGACUUUCGCAGCGUCUUUACCGACGACGCCACGUACCACCGCCUGAGCCGCUUCAUGUGCACCUUCUCGGCAGACCUCGCGGCCGACGGCAGCAUGAGCCUGCGCAUCGCCAACUUUAGCCACAACCCCGUCACGCUCAACGGCAAGCGCCUGCGGCGCAAGCCGGAUGACCUCGUGCAGCUCCACGAACGGGACAUGAUUGUCCUCUUGGAGGACAAGAACAAGAAGCCGCUGGUGGCCUACCGCGUCGAAGACCGGUCCGAAGACGACUCGAGCAUCGGCAUCCUCUUUGCGUCGCCGUUGGUCGAGCUGGAUCAUGCGACAGGAACGCCGUCGCCACUCUCGGAACUCGACUUUCGGAAUGAGUACCACUCGGUGCGGGAUGUCCUCAAGAAGGCCCUCGACAAAUUCCAAAAGUCGCUCACAGAAGACUCGGAAGGUGCCGCCGCCCAGGUCCACGCGGUGCACAAGCCAAUCCACGUGUACACGCGGCUCGCGACCAAACAGUCGUUCCGCGAGUGGAGUGCAUCGCUGACCAUUCUGCACUUUACGGGCCACGGCAACGACCAAUGGCUGUACAUGGAAGGAUCGAUGCCAGGGCCCGCCGUGCCCGUGAGCCCCGCCGAGAUCAUGGAGCUGCUACCAGACAAGAUGGCGCUGCGGCUCGUGUUUCUCUCGUCGUGCGCGUCGGCCAAUAUCGCGGCGGCCUUCUUGGCUCGCGGAGUCAAGCACGUCAUCGCAACGCAGCCCGCGUCCGAGCUCGAGGACAAGGCAGCGAUCGCCUUUACGCGUCACUUUUACGGGUCGAUUGCAUCGGGGCGCACCGUCCAAGAAGCGUUUGACGUGGGCCAACGCGCGGUGGCGGUGCUGCAUAGCACGGCCAACCCCGCCGAGGUCGCGCGCAAGUUUAUCUUGCUGCCAGUGGACGGCAACCACGAAGUGCCCAUUUUCCCGCCCAAGGAAAAGCGGCAGCCCCAAUCGAAUUCGUCGUCGUCACUCGAGGACGAUUUGCGGGAUGCGUCGCAGUGGAUGGAAGCCACCACGCAAGACGAGCCUACAGCCUUGACGCCAACGACGUCGCUCAUGUACCCGACCAUGCUCGAAACCACGUGCACGAACUUUGGCUUUCGCAAUCUGGACAUGUACAAUGUCUUUAUGCUGCUCGAGACGAACCGUGUUGUGACGCUCACGGGCGACCACGGCAUCGGCAAGACGGAGAUGGCGACCGCGAUCGCUCGCUACAUGGAUGUGCGCCAGCGCGGAUGGCACCGCGUGUGCAUGGCCUCGAUCGGCGAGCUCCAGAAGCAGCUCCGGUGCGUCCCCAACGAAGACGACGCGGCGUACGCGGCACGGCUCGGCCACACCAUUCUCCAAAAGCUCAAGGCCACCGGCGACCUCUCGGAUUGGCCGGCGUUUGCUGUCAUCGACGACUGCGAUCUGCUCUUGGCAACUAACGCGCUGCGAGAGCGGCUCCAAAAGGUUGUCGAGUACCUUCUCAAGUCGCACCGGUCGCUGCGCAUUCUGCUCACGGCGCAAGAGGCCUUUGAGAUGCCGCUCGUCAACGACAAGGUGUAUUUGCGGGCGACAUACGCGGUGCCGCCGCUCUCGCCCUUGGACGCCGCGACCCUCUUUGCGAAGCUCAAUAGUCAGCCCAUGGAUAGAAUGCAGUACGCGCGACUGCAGGUGGCCGAGCCCAAGACAACUCUGUCGCCGACCGAGUUGGCGCAGCUCCUGUGCACGAGCCCGCAGCUGCAGGCCACGAACGGCAACCCGCUCAUGAUCCUCCGGCUCUUUGAGGAAGUCUGCACUGGCAGCUCCGAGCAGUAAAGAGGUCAAGUGCGCCACAUACUAGCAUAUGCACAGCGCAACACUAUCGUUUGAAAGUUACAAUCGAUGCCCGUCUUGCGACAGCUCGUACAUUUCGCCCACCUCGC